AUGAUUCUAUCAGUAACGAAAAAAUGGUACGUUACGCCAUUGCGUCGUGAACGCAUGCUACGUCGUGCCGGAAUGCAGUCUAAGAUUAAAUGUUUGGGCAAAUGGCACAGGUAUUCCAAACAUGAAAUAUUAUCACGACGUAAAACGAUGGAUAAUUUAAUUAUGCAAUCACCAAUUCUUCCAUAUAACGAUAUGAUAAUCUCUGAGCAUUUGAGUAGAACGCAAGGGUGGAUGCAGAAUCCCGGAUUCAGUUCGUUCUAUAGCGGCAUUAUAGUAAUUAAGAAGCAGCUUGAUGCUAUGUUGCUUAAUGAGACAAAAUUGUUAAGUGGUUGUUGCUGCAAUCUUAUGGCAACGUUAUUUUGUCUAAGAGUGAUGUCUGAAAUUGAACAAAAAGCUGAACAGUUAGUCAAUAAAUACCGUACGCAACAGGAAUUCUGGCCAAUAUGUGUAGUACCAGUACAAUGUGAUGGAUCACAACUGGUGGAAAGCGUCGAUUUCUCGAAAGAUCCAUCGCAGAUAAGAGAUUAUUUGGAUCAUAUUAGAUCAGUUGAUCUCAAAUAUCAUCAGCAUAUUCGACGUGAAAAUAAUACUGUGCAUCUUUUUGCUGAGCGUUUUAUGAAAUGGCGAGUGGGCGCUGGUGGUAAACUGUUUAGAAAAUUGGAGAAAAUAUAUGACGAAUAUUUGAAUUGUAUAGUCGAUAGAAGUAUCAAUAUUUUACCAGAAAUUCCUGGAAAUCACACGAUAAAAAGAUUGGGAAUGUUGAAGGCAAUUUUCCAACGUCGAUUUAAAUGUGUGCUUGCCGGAUGGCCUUGCGGAAUGGAAAAGGCUUUGCUAUGUCCCUAUUGUCAAUUCCUCCGAGUUCAAUACAAUUGA